CACAACCCUGUUCAUUUCCAGGCCGGGUAGAAUCCCAGCAACAACGCUGCGAUCGGUUUAAGAUUGGGCUUUCAAUCGCCAUCCAUCCUUUGAAUAUACAACAUUUUGUGGAAAUAUAUCACUUUAACUGAUCAGAAGAUACACUAAGUCUUUGAAUCGAAUCAGAAGGCACUGGAAAGAGGCGCAAAGAAAAAUUUCCAUACUCGAUGACAUUACAUCGCAAUGUCCGAUCGUUUGGGGCAAAUAACCAAGUCCAAGGAUGGGAAAAGCAAGUAUUCCUCACUCAGCCUAUUUGACAAGUACAAGGGAAAAUCAAUAGAAACUCAGAAAAACGCAGUAGUUCCGCGACAUGGCUUGCAGAGUCUUGGCAAAGUGGCCGCUGCCCGGCGCAUGCCCCCACCUGCUCACCUGCCGAGCUUGAAGUCCGAAAACAAAGGAAACGAUCCCAACGUGAUUAUCGUGCCGAAAGACGGUACAGGAUGGGCGAACAAGCAGGAACAACCCGAUCAAAAGAGUUCUAUUGCAUCGAUACCACAGCUGCCGGAGUUGCAGCCACAGCUGGCUUUACAGAAAUCUGUCUCCAAUCUUCAGAAGCCCUCACCGGUAGCCAACCAGGAGAACACAAACGCAGGUGGACCAAAGCAAUGGGCCCAGCUAAAUGGAAAGGCAGUAGAGCUAGAUGGUUUAAGGGUCUCAAACCGACUUCAGCCCUUCUCUCACGAGGAAUUUCCCACGCUGAAGGCAGCUGGAGAACAGGACAGGGCUGGCAAGGAAAGAAGCGGCUUCGAUCCGUCGUAUGGGCCCGGACCAAGCCUCCGCCCCCAGAAUGUGACGAGCUGGAGGGAAGGUGGUGGCAGGAACCUUCAACCCUCGUCCCUGUCCCUUGGCCUGCCAGCAGAUCCUGAGGUUAAACUCACUGCCCUGGGUGAGACUGGCACCCCUCCCGCCACAUCUCACCCCCCUUCUGUCACCGGCACAACUUCUUCUAGUGUAGUGACUGCUCAGUCACCAGUCCAUGACCCCAAGGAGCCUUCCCUGCGACCCGCCCAGCCUGUCCGCAGAACAACCGUCCCUACUGCCCUGCAGUACCAACUUCACCACACUUCAACUGCUGUCUACCAUGACAUGUUGCCUGCUUUUAUGUGCUCCAAAGAUACACGUGAAGCCCCAGGUACAGACCAUGUUCCUACCACCGUAGCAGCCCCAGCCCGAUUUGAGAGCAAACCCACUUUUAGACAGAACUACACCAAACCUGAACUUGUCAACGGUGAUGUGAGAAGAGAGAAUCGCUUUGUCCGCGCUGCACCUAGACUGUCUUCUCAGCCCAUCCGCAGGCCUGGUGACAGACCGCAACGCCCAGCUAUCAUUAAUCCAGAUGAUCUAAAGGAUCUGGAUGAGCUUGACCAUGACUGCGAGGAUGGAUGGGCUGGACUCCACGAGGAAGUUGAUUAUAGUGAAAAGCUUAAGUUCAGUGAUGACGAAGAAGACCACUCUGGUGAUAAAAACAGGAUGUGGACCGAAUGGGAGAGGGAAAGAGAGAAUCAGCGUGACUGCCAAACCUCCCUAAAUUCAGGCGAGGUGCCUUACCCCCAGGUGGGCCCUGAGGAGAACUAUUCCUACCAACAUCACCACCACGAGCCUCCAAGGAAGACCAACGUCAGAUAUCUCUCUACAGACACCCCGGCCCAGCAGAAAAACCAAGGUGAGCCACUGGCUGACCAGGAAGAUCACCAGCGCCAAUCUCAGGCUCCAGCUCGGGCGAAGUAUGUGUCACCUGAGCUGUCAGAGGCUGUUGAGAGGGCCCGCAGACGCCGUGAGGAGGAAGAGAGGUGUGCCCGUGAGGAACGGCUGGCAGCCUGUGCUGAAAAACUCAAAAAGCUGGAUGAGAAGUUUGGGAAGACUGAAAGGCAGACAUCAAGGACAGAAGAGGGCCAGAAAGAGGAAGAGUGCAAAGAAGUUCCACUUUCCCCAGAUAGGGAACAGAGUAAAGGCCACCAUGAGAACUGGCAGUACAGCUCAAAAGAUGGAAGUGAGUGUCCCCCAGACAACUCUCCUGGCCAUAGUUACCGUGAGGAACCUGCCUUCUCUAACUAUCGUGCCAGUGAGGAUGAUGUCCAGGAGCCCUCCUCCCCCUCAGGAGACUACAGUGGACGUCAUUCCUCCAAACCCAUCCCACCCCGCUUUCAAAAGCAGCCGCAGCCACUGCCGCAGUCCCAGCCCCAGCCCCAGCCCCAGUCCCAGUCCCAGUCCCAGUCCCAGCCCCAGCCCCAGUCCCAGCACCAGUCCCAGCCCCAGCCCCAGCACCAGCCCCAACCCCAGCCCCACCAUCAGCAGCAGCAGGAACAAGUAUACAAGAUGCAGCAUUGGCAGCAGUCAGGUCACCCUGCCCCGUCUGGUUCAAGCCACGCCCAGCGGGGCUAUUACCCACCUCAUGUCCUCGGGUUUGAUCCCCGCUGGAUGAUGAUGCCGCCUUUUAUGGAUCCCCGCAUGGCCCAAGGACGAUCUCCCGUGGACUACUACCCUGGUGCUGUCCACUCUUCAGGAAUGAUGAAACCCAUGAUGCAUCAAGACCACCUGAACAGCCCUGGUUCUGAUGAGGGGUGCCAUCCCAACCUGCACCAGGAGAGAAGAGCCCCUUCCACUGAACCUUACCCUAUGUGGAACCAAGAUGGAUACCCCUUGCGCAGCUUCACUCCACCUUACCAGAGACAGCAUGAAAGCUUAGAAAGUGGCCAGCCAGAUGACAGAAGUGAUAUGGCCUGCUCCCAACAGGACUCCUAUGAAGAGAGGGCCAAUGAGUGCUUGGCCCACCCCCAAGAUGAUAUCCCCCAUCAUGCUUACCAGAGCCGAGGCCUAGACAGAGAACACCAUCACCAUGACCAAGGCUUGCUGACCACUGCUCAGAACCACUCCUUGAAUCAUGCAGAUAGUGAUUACCUAAAACAAGACUCAAGAGACAAGCAUCUUAUAGAAGGCUCUGAAGCUCAUGAUAAGACCAUAGAUGGCUCCAAGGACAGUUGGAAAAGAGAUGGAGGCCAGAAACAAGAUGGAGGACUCAACAAUGCUCAAAGCCAGUGGUCAGAUCCCAGUUCCAGUAGUAGUGUUAGCCAGCCAUCUGAGACCAGUGGGCGAAUCUUGACUCGAAGAACUGGGCCCAUUAAAAAACCAGUUCUGAAGGCUCUUAAAGUGGACGACAAGGAGAAUGAAAAGUCUAAGCCUGAGCCUGAGGAGAAGCCCGUCCCUUACCGCUUGGAGAAAGAAGUCCUUACUAAUGUUUACGACUUGAAGAAGGAUAACCAGCCUGCCAUCAGCAGGCGUUCAGCCUCACCUGUUGUUGAGAAACAACCAGAAGAGAGGCAGCGUCAGUCACCAGCCCCCACCAAAACAGACAGACCUUUGAGCACCCACAGUGAUGACUCUCCCAAGGAGAACCCCUGGGACAGUGGCAAGAGCCAGUCACCUAGAGAUGUCAGCCAGGAAAAUCGAGAAACCCAGGCCCCACGGCGCAAUAACUGGAUCUUCAUUGAUGAAGAACAGGCCUUUGGUGCUGUCAGGGGAACGGGUAGAGGCCGCAGUCGAGGCUUUAGGGAAUUUAACUCAAGAGGUGGAACCCGUGGUGGACGUGGUGGAGACAAUCUCAGAGGGGCUUAUAACAAUAAUAACAACAGCAGUGGCGCUCAGCGGACAGGCAGAGGCAGAGCACAACCUAGGGAUCUUGUCAAGGUGGAGGAGUUUCAGAGGGGGAAGCCCCGCAGGCGAAAUGUCAGUGAGACCUUGAGUGAAGCCUCAGAGUAUGAGGAACUGCCCAAGAGGCGCCGGCAGAAGGGAUCUGAAAAUGGAGAAGGUUACACAGAGUCUGGAGAAGUCCGUAAGGCUGAUCGAGACUCUUGGAGAUCCAACAAGGUGUACGCUGAUGACCAGAUGGCCCCAGAUUCAAGAGAAAAGGCCAAGGCCGGCAGGGGCUUUGGAGGUCGCAUGCUGCCUCCCAGACUGAACCCCACCGGAAGUUAUAGUCGAGGCUUUGGAGGACCCAGGGACAUUUCUACAUGGCGGGGACGUGGGCCCCAGUUUAGUAGCACUGGUGGCUCCAUGCAAGAAAAUGGUUAUGGUCCUGGAGCUGAGACAACUUACUCCCGCAGACCCCCAGUUGAACGUGAAACUCUCAAGUACCCCCCUAAAUUUACUGGCACCUUCAUGGAAAAUGGCGUACCUUCAGAGGACCGUGAAGGAGAAUACUACUUUGACAAUGACAACCCUGACAGGCAGAUGUUAAGGAGACGGCGUCCACCCCGUCAAGACAAGCCUCCACGCUUCCGUCGUCUACAACAAGAACGUGAACCUGGCUCAAACCAGUGGACAAGUGAUGAGCACAUCAAUGGAGAAUUGGCAAAUCCCUGGCCUGGCCGCCCCAAAGGUACUGGCGAAGAAAACUGGCCCAGUGGCCACUAUACUGGUGGACGUCCAAGCCAGCAUGGUCAGCCAGAGGAAUGGGAGACGGGAUCAGAGAACAGCGACUUUGGUGACUGGAGAGAGAAACGAGGCGGAACUGGAGGUGUGGCUAUACAAGGACAUGGUGAUAUUCCCUCAGACUCUGGCCAUAGUGAACCAGGCUCUGGUGAGAAGAGGGAACUUUGCAAGAGAAGCUUCUCCAGCCAGAGACCAUUGGUGGAAAGGCAGAACAGGAAAGGAGAGCCUUCACUGCUAGAAGGGAGCAAGAUGGCGCGUGCACCUGAUAAUCCCUCCAACUCCUCCAACAGGAGUGACAGUUGGCAGAAUGGAGGGACUUCUUGUAAGAGCAGGAGCCCAGAUGACUCCGGCCCAGUCUACAGCAUAGAGCAGCCAGAGGAGAGGGAGCCCUGUGAGCCCUCAGGAAAGAAAUUAGAGAAGGAGCUGAAGCAAGGACCUGUCAAGACAGACAUAGCCGAAUCUCUAUCCCAGUAUGAGCUCAGCAGUUACCAAGUUGAGGGGGACGCAGGGGGCCCAGUUUCAAAUCAUGAUGGAUACCAGGAUGCCUUGUCCAAAAAGCAAAGACGCCCACAGGAAGAUGAUAGAAGAAGGAAGGAACAGGGAACUGCUGUGCCAGUGAAGAACAGGACUAUCGCAUCCAAGAUGCCACCACGCUUUGCCAAAAAGCAAGGAAGCAUGGGCAUUGAACAACCUGAAGAAUCACUUUCUUCCAACAACCUGGGAACUGAAAUCUGGGAGACCAACAGCUCAGCUCUUUCAGUACAGUCGUCAGGGGGAGACUCAUGGACUAAGCAGGUGUCUUACACUGGGAGCGAGCCCAACUCUGAGGACUCUGAUGCUGGCCCUGAGCAGAAUAAAGAACAGCACAAACCGGGGCCCAUCGGAAAUGAACGUUCCCUAAAGCACCGCAAAGGAUCAGAAGUCGUUGAUCGGAUGGAAGGUGGCCCGAUCACGCCUGUCAAUGGUGUGGACCUCCAUGUAGACACUGUGCUGCCUGUGCCUCCUAUUGAAUUUGGUGUCAGUGCCAAAGACUCUGAUUUCAGCCUACAAACGGGCUCCACCCCAGUGCCAGUGUCCAAUCCUGUCAACAAGCUUCAGGACGUACUUGCCACCAAUACUGCUCUUAAUCAGAGUAUCCCCAUGCUGCGUUCCAACCACCUUCAGCCUGGCAUUAACCUCAACCCCAUCUCCUUCCCCAGUGCUGAUCUCACUCUUAAGAUGGAGUCAGCACGCAAGGCGUGGGAGAACUCCCAGUCCCUCCCUGAGCAGGGCUCUCCUGGAGGUGUUUCAGGUGUUCAGCCUCCUUGCAGCGUUGGCUCAUCCAGUGGUGUCAGUUACAGUUCCUUUGGAGGGGUUUCAAUGCCUCCGAUGCCUGUGGCAUCAGUAGCACCUUCCAUGUCCAUGCAAGGGAGUCAUAUUCCCCCACUGUAUCUGGAUGGACAUGUUUUCCCAAGCCAGCCCCGCCUUGUUCCUCCCAACAUGACCCAGCAGCAAACCUACCAACAGGCAGCCGCAGCCCAGCAGAUUCCGAUCUCUUUACACACAUCUCUUCAGGCUCAGGCUCAGUUGGGGCUUCGUGGAGGUCUACCCGUCUCUCAGUCCCAAGAUAUGUUCAACUCUAUUCCCCCCUUCAGGUCCCAGGUUUACAUGCACCCCAACCUGUCACAGCCCAGCCCCAUGGUGCUGUCGGGCGGAGGCCCUCUGAAGGGGCCCUACUCCGCUUUCCCUGGCAUGCCCUCAGACAUGGUCAAGACACAGUCGGGCUCACACUAUCAGCCAAUGAAUGGCAGCCAACAGCUAGUCUAUGAGAACCAGAUGAACCAAGGGCCUGGAAUGGGUUCUUCCCAGCUGAUGGACUCUCAGCUCAUCCAGGUGACCAUGCCCCUCCCUGGCUCUCAGCUGCGCUAUGGCUCAGCUCAGCAACAUCUCAUCCUCCCACAGUCCAUCCAGCUGCAGCAGGGACAGAACCUGUCAGUCGGGGGGCCACGCCGAAUGCUGCCCCCUGGCUCCCAGGCUGCGGUCAUGACUGGCAGCCGAGAGGGCUCACAAAUGGAAAUGAAAGGUUUCCAGUACUCUGAGAAGCCCAAUCAUUCCCAAGGCAUGCCUGUAGGGUCCUACAGGCCUGGGUCUGCGAGCCCCAGUGGGAAGCCCUCUGGUCCUGGGGGGCCUAUAGGCCCUCUGACUACACAUUUUGCUCAACAGGUCCCAACUGCUCAGGGCAGCUUGGUGAUGCACAUGCGACCCCCUCCCACUGGCCCUUUCCCCAACCCCAUCCAGAGACCAGUCAUGCAGGUCAACAAGCCUGUUAUCAUCCGCCCCCCCCCUUACCCCAAUCCUGGCCGCGACCUUUCCCACUCCACCCCUCCCUUGGUCCCCGAGCCCCCUAUUAAAGGGCCAGAGGAUGGCAUGAAGAAUAAAACCAUGCGAGAAGUGCGCAAGGCAGUGGGUGAGGGCAAGACAUCGUCCGGGGGCAUGACCAGCAAACUCCAGGAGCCCCUACCCUCCACGGGGCAAGCCAAACCAGCACGCACUGGAGCCAUCAAACCCCAGGCUGUCAAAGUAGAGGAGAGCAAGGCAUAACAAUGGACCUUAAAAUCCUCAUCACCGCUCAGCCUGCCAACACAAGCCCCUUGACCAAUGUCUGAGCCUCCUAAGACCCACCUUAUCCCAAGGCACCAUGGCAAGGGGCAUACAAGCAGACAACAUCAUUAAUUACCCCUCUUGAACUGUCAGAACUGGACACUAUUAUUUCACACCACGUAUAGAGAUAUAUAAAUAUAUAUAAAUAUAUAUACAUAGACACAGUCUUUUAAGCAGAUCUCUUCAAGGUCCUCUUUAAUUUAUUAUGAGUCACUUUUAAGGGGGGAUUGGUAAAGAGAAAAGAUAUUUCUGUUUUUUUUUGUGUUUCUCCAAAGUGUGGAAAACAAAAAUGACCAACUCCAGACAGAUGGUUCAUUUUUUCAUACCAUUUUGCCAAACUGUAUUUACUCCCUCUUUAUGGACUGUAGCCAUUAAGACCAGGCAGACACUUGACACAACUCUGUAUGAGAAGCUAAGUCUGUUAAAAAUGUUAAAACAAAUUUGAAAUGCAGUGGGGAACCUUUUGUCAUUUUUCAUUGGCAUUUUUGCUGGUAAAUAUAAUGUUCAUUCCUGCUAUUGGUGAAGAACUUAUUUUAUUAAACCCCGGAAAAAAUCCUCCAAUUUGUGGACAUCAUUGCAUGUCAACAUGGCAAAGGUCAAUUGCGUCACCCUCGAAAUGCAUCUUCUGGGGUCCUUCACCCAACCCAUGAAUUGUGGCGAAACUGCUUAGAUUGGUAGAAAUGAUUUCUUUUCUUGAAACUCUCUUAUUUGCUUUUACAUUCUGUCGCUCUCUUCUGUAUGUAAAUUGAAACUAAAAGGUGGAUGUUUUACCAAAGUCAUGUUGCUUCCAUGAGAACUUCACUGGCUUUGAUAAAGCGUGUGCAUGUGAUGUGCUGAACGUGUAAACUUGCGGGACUCCUACUUAGAAAAGAGCAACAUUUCACAAAGUGAUGAUUUUUACAUCCCUCAGUCUGGGGCGUUUAGCUUUCUUCUUUAAAGGCUCUUGAAAGACUUUUCUCUCUCUAAUUCUGUUUAAAAAUCCCACUUUACAGUGCUGUGGGGACUUGUGAAGAAACACUCAUCACCAUUUGAUUAUUCAGCAUCUGGUCUCUGAGGUGGCACUAGCAAUAAAUGCAGCCUAUCUAUAAUCACAAUCGGGGUCCAAAUAACAAUUUUUUUUUUUCUUCUCUUUAGAAGCUAAUGAUCACAAAUGAGGGGCGUAUAGCAUUGCUUGUUGAAUUAAAAUACGAUAUUUGCUUAAGCUUUUUUUGUGAGCACUGCAGUUCCAGUGGACUACGAAGGACUUUUAAAGUGUUUGUUCUAUUUGAAAAUGUGAAGCUGUUGGAAUCAUCAUUUAUCUUGUUUUUUUGUAAUGGACACUGAUUUUGAAACUCACAAUGCCAAUGUCAUACCUGGUUAAAUGUUACUGCUUACAUAACGCUCCAUGACACUACAAAAUGUUGCGAUUUAUCUUUGACAGUGUUUCACUGGUAUAUAUGUAUAUGCAUUCUUAACUGUACAGUCGAGCCUGGUGAGCGAGGGGAGGCUUGAACCCACAUUUCAUUUUAGAUAUUGUGGCACUAUAAAUGAUUUAACGUUGAAAAGGUCACUGUGUUCUCAGAAUGAACUGCUUUCACUUGUUCAUAGGUUUAUCUGGCUUGGAGUGUUUUUGCUUCUCAUCCCUUACUGCAAAAAGAUCUUGAUGCUUCUCAUCAUUGCACCCACACAAAGAUGUUGCCCUGACUUUUUCUUUUUUACUUUUAAGAUGCAUAUUUCAUUUUGUCAAAGGACCAGUGCUUUCUACAGCUGAUCCAUCAUUUUAUUUAUCCUACCUGAUCUUUAACCUUUCAGAUAUUUGGUCAUUACUCUCCCUUGUUAAAAAAAGAGCUUAUUGAAAGAAAAGAAAUAAAGCAGUUGUGAUUUCUUAAAUGUACUGUUGAUUCUGUAUUCUCACUUUGUCAUAUUAAAAUCAUGCAUCAAAUGGGGAAAUGAUUUUA